AUGUCCUCAGAACGAUACUCCCUUUUUCACUCGUCUAUGGCACCCUGCUCGCCGCACAGCUUGCGCCAACCCAGUGCAGAACAAGCAGCCAGCCGCUCCGACUCCGCUAGCAGCUCCGCAGCAUACGUUGCACAAGAGCCCAAUAUUCAUGCCCCAGCCUCUGGCAUUUGGACGCUGGGCAGUUCGAUCUCCCACUCCGUCGACCUUCCCUUCCCGCUGCAAGUCCCGUCGAACGGCACGAUCGGUUUUGGCAAAGGGACCAACUCUCAAGGAGGAAAGGAGGCGUAUGGUGUUCAGGCAUCGCUGCAGUGGUGGUUGUCCAAUCAGAAUGGCAGCGUGCAGGUUUCAGCCAGGUUCCCGAGCGUCGUACAUCUUGACCUUAUCGAAGCUGGCGUCAUCGAUGACCCUAACAGCUCGUUGCGACGACGUAUCCGCCAAGCAGUCGGAUUGAAUGAGGGGACCUCGCGAUGGAUCAUCGAUGAUACCUGGACGUACACAGCCAAUCUCUCACCUCUGCUUAGCCGAGUCGCAUCCAACGCGUCAGGCACGUCCUAUUCGGACUAUCUACUGUACUUUCAAGGCCUCGACACGGUCGCGAACGUCGCGCUGGGCGGUAAAAAUGUCGGGAACACCAGCAACAUGUUCCGAGAAUGGGUCUUCAAUGUCACCGAUGUGCUUACCCCUUUACUCGGCUCCAUGUCCAGCUCCACUGCCAGCUCAAAGGCAAGGGCUGGGGCCAACGAGAACCUCACGCUGACGUUCUCCUCUGCGGCAGAUUAUGCGGAAAGGCAAAGCAGGAACGAGCCGUACUACCCAACGCAGCUGACCAGUCCUAUGGCACCAGUCAUCGACGACUACGAGUACCCAUUCCGCAACUUUAUCCGCAAAGCGUCAAGCGACUUUGGGUGGGACUGGGGCCCAGCUUACGUUCCCACCGGUGCGCACAAGCCUGCAUGGCUCAUCGCGCUUAGUAACGCGCCGUCUGCGGAAAGCGCUGCAGCUACAGAUGGAUCUGGAUCAGAGGCAGACACAAACGUGGCCAGCUUAAGCAGCACCUCAAUACGCCGAACCUCGAUCGUCGGCAAGUCCUUGAAUCUAUUCGUGCAGGGCACAUCGAUCGACAUCACACGCAAGGGUCAAGUCAACAACCUGCCACCGGACCAGACGGCGCCGUGGGUGGUCAACGUGACACACUCUCUCUGGUCAGCCAGAGCGAUUCCUAAUGCGACUAUGUCUCUCGCCUUGGUCGGCACGCCGCACGGCGCGUCGGAGCUGCAGCUGAGCGCGCCCGUGCAGGCCGGCUACAACGACGUGCUCAGCGCGAGCUUCGAGGUACUCAGCAAUGGGACGGACGCGCCGCAGCUGUGGUGGCCAAAGACAUUUGGUGAACCCAAGCUGUAUGACCUGCAGCUCAGACUUGCAGAUGCAGUCUGGACGAAGCGGACCGGCUUCAGGACUGUUCUCGUCAAUCAGGAACCUGUCUCGGACGAAGACGUCGCCAAGGGUACCCGUCCCGGAAACUACUGGCAUAUUGAACUCAACGGCCAGCGUAUCUACACACAAGGCGUGAACAUAAUUCCCGCCGACGUGUUCCUCCCCCGCAUCUCGGGCGAUGUGCUGAGCCACACCAUCAGCAGCGCCAUCGCCGCCGGGCAGAACCUUCUCCGGGUCUGGGGCGGCGGUACGUACCAGCCAGCGCAAUUCUAUGAUCUCGCGGACGAGAUGGGCAUCCUCACGUGGAGCGAGACCACCUUUGCUUGCGCCGCAGCGUACCCGACAUACGACGCCAUGAUUGGGACGAUCAGGGAGGAGGUCAAGCAGAAUGUCAGGAACCUCAAUCGCCAUCCGUCCAUGACACACUGGGCUGGUAACAACGAGGGAGAAAACAUGAUGCUCGCCGUCAAGGAGACCUUACCCAAUGGGACAGUCUAUGCUAACCAGUACGAUUACCUCUUCGACGAUGUCAUCCUGAACUCUGUUCGCCAAAACUCCAGGUCACUCUCGUACCUUCCGUCCAGUACAGGUGCAGGUUACAUCUCUCUCGAUCCAUACGUCCCGCGCUACCGCAAUGCCACACCGGGAGAAUUAUACGGGGACGCAGAACACUACCUGUACAGCGCAGUACAUGCAUUGGAUCUCGACACCUACCCUAUCUCUCGUUUCGUAAAUGAAUUCGGCAUGCACUCCAUGCCUUCGAUCUACACCAUUGACAAUGUAGUCGUCUCGCCCAACGAUUACACAUUUAACAGUACGGUUAUGCGAGCUCAUGACAAACACUCGCCAGCCGGUAACUUGACCUACCCCUUCCCCGCUGACGACGGACAGAAUCAGAUGACUGACGGCGCCAAAAUGUACUUCAAGACGCCCGCAGUGAACGCGACAGGCAACCUCCGCGCCAAUCUCGCGGCCUGGUCGUAUGCCACACAGCAGUACCAGGCUAUGCUCACCGGCCAGCAAAUCCUGUACUACCGACUCGGCGCCAGCAGACCGGAGAACAACCUCGGCGUCGCGUACUGGCAGCUCAACUCGAUCUGGCAAGGUUCCGACUGGGGGAGCAUCGAGUGGGGUGGCCGAUGGAAGGUCAUGCAUUUCAUGGCGGCGCGUUACCAAGAUCACGUCGUCGGUUAUCCAAUGUACGCGCCGCAGAAUGAGACGCUUACGAUCUACGCGCUCUCGGACGACUUUGGCCUCGUGAAUGGUACCGCAGCCUGGAUAUGGUACGACUACAGUGGCAAGAACCUUGGUGGCAACUCGACCUCUUUCUCUGUGAGUGGGAUCAAUGCCACCGCGAUAUACAGUGCCACAGGCGCGCAGAAUAUUCUGCCUGCCGAGGCGUCGGCCGACAACGCCUACCUCCACCUCCAACUCAACGGUACACGCAGUGAUGGCUCGCCAUUCACGAAUGAGCAUUUCUGGCCAUUCGCACACUCGGUCGCAAACGCUCCUCUUCAAGAUCCACAAGUGCAAGUGUCCAAGAAUGGAAGUGCGUCUGCAGAUGGCUCACAGGUCUUCGAUGUCAAGGCGGCAGGCUCCGGCGUUGCUGCAUUCUUGUCCCUUGAGCACCCAGAGGGUGUCAUUGGCUGGUUUGCGGACACCAAGUCGGGCCGGCCGAUGAACAACAUUUUCCUUCGGCCGGGAGAGCAGCGAUCAUUCAAGUUUGUCCUUCAAUUCGAUCGCACCAAUGGUUCUUGGGCGGAUAACGUCGUUGCUCGCUCCAUCUUUGUCCCCUCAUCAUAGGCGAGCCAAUUCAAAUAUUCCUAUUCUGCUUCUUACGCACCGUACGUGAACAAACGCCGCAAUAUCCUUACUGUCUUUGGUGUGAGCCAGGCGGCGAGUGGCAAUCGAACAGGCAGCAACGCCUGGCGGGGAAGGUGCUGGAUGUUACUACUGUACACGGGAUCUUCAAGCGUUGCACACCACGUACCUUGACAAGUAGCCAUGCUGCGACAGCAUCUCUAAUUUGUCCAAACUCGAGGUCAUUCGCAUGCUU